GCCAGCUCUCUGCCACAAUUUGCAUCAGCUCAGGAAUAACUUGUAAUUAUUGGAUCCUCAGAGCAUUAUGGCUGAGCCGUCGUGGCAAGAAACUCUUCGCAUACGACUCGUCGACCGCAACGCAAAGGAGUCGGCGUAUGCGCCUAUAAUCGAACAAUAUCGUAGACUGGCCCAGCAAACAAAGCUCCUCAGGGAACGCAAUGCUUCCCUUCUGAGAGCAAUGGGCACUGCCCGGCCAAAUCCCAGCAGCUCAACUGUCUUUGUGCCAGGUACUGCAGAGGACAACCCUGUUCGAGCUGCGUACAUUACGUCUCUCGAGUCGCAGAUCUCUUCACUUCGGGAUGAACUCGCGACGGUAUACAAGACUCAGGGUCAGAAUGCCCAGAGGCUCCUUGCAAUGACUGAGACUUUGCGAGAGAAGGAGGAACUGUCACGGAUGGAGUCCGAGAGCCUCAGAAAGUCUCGCGAAGAGAUUUCAAUCCUGCGGAGGAAGGUGGAUCAGCAUAAUGAACUUAUGGCGGAGAAAGACAGAACUGCUCAGGUCUGUCCCCAUUCCGAAUCUCGAUAUGAAAAUGCUUACCCGUUGCGGAAGAUUCUACAUGACGAGAUCAAUACUCUUCAAUUGGAGUUGAGCCAGAUCGCGGAGCGUAAUCAGACGCUGAUCAAAGAUAAUGCUAAACUCCUUCAACGAUGGCUGGAUGCGAAGCAGGCGGAGGUCAACAAGAUGAACGAGGCAAAUGAUUUCUAUGAGGAUAUGCAGUCACGACGGCAAGCGGUGAUAAAUUGGCGGACAGGUUCUUCCACGGGCGGGGACGAGCGCACGGAUGCACAAUCUGUACCACAAGAGCUCCAGUCGGGAAAAGCGGAGGACAAGAGAGGCUCGGGAUCAUCGACGACGAAGGAUGGGACACCGUCUCCUGCGGAGAAGGACGUGAGUCUGACACCGAAUGGCUGAUCGUCGAUGAGUGACCAUAUUUUCCCUCUUAUUAUUGGAUUUAUUUACCGUACGAUUUUGCCUUCUCAUUGCUUUCAAUACCCCAGUGCUUUGCUUGAUAUCCUAUAUGAUCGUGUUCUACCAUGCUUUGGUGUCUUGCGCUUCAAUAACCGUGAGCGUCUGCCGAAUUGCCGACUAGUGUGUGUUCCAAAAGAGGAAGGUCAAGAGUUGUGUCAGCCUCCCGGGUUGGGAUGUUGAAAAGACGAGCUGGUGCGAACGCUUCUCUUUCUCCAUCAUUGUCUUUCACUAG